AGGCAUUCUCAAGACAAACACUAGCUGGUUAGCUAGGCUAGCAUAUCUCCAGGAUAAUCUUACAGUUGUGAGAUAACGGAAAUUUUGCUCAAUUUGUUUACUUAAACAAACAUAUAAAAGAUUUUACUGGAUUUCGAACUCAUCAUAUCGACUCUGGCUUUUAGUCUUCCUUGCGUACGUUGUCUAAAUUAGAUAAAUUCUGCUUCUUUUUUUUAAAGGAUCAGCUCAAGCUAACUUAGUUACGUUGCAAAACAGCCAUUAUGGCUGACUUUGGGUUUAACGAACACCAUCAGUCUGAAAUCAUCAACUACAUGCGAUUUGCUCGUUCAAAGAGGCUCUUGAGGCUCAAGGCUAUUGACUCAUGUUUUGAAGAACUCAAAGACAGCAGGCUGGUGGAGGACACCUACACAGUGGAUGAGGUUAGGGACAUGCUGGACGGGCUGCAGAUGGUGGUCCGGGGGGAGGUGGAGAUGGAGCUGAUCAACACGGCCCACACUAACGUGCUGCUGCUCAGGCAGCUUUUCUCUCAGGCCGAGAAGUUUUACCUUCGACUCCAGAGCGAUGUCUCUGAGCUGGAGAACAGGGAGCUGUUAGAGCAAGUGGCUGAAUUUGAGAAGACUGACUUUAAAAUAACCAAUAAGCUAAACCAGGAAACAAGUAAACUCAAGUUGGCACCACUGAAUGAGGGUGGGGUGUCUGAGCUUCUUAACAAGGAGAUAGCGAAACUACAAGAGGACAAUGACAAACUGAAAUCCAGGCUGCGGACUUUAGAAUCACAGGCCAUGAGUGUACUAGAUGAGAAAGCAAAAUUAGAGAGAACUCUGAAGGAUCUGCAGAGGACACAAGGAGAGCAAAAGCUUUCUGCUCAAACAAAGGAAAUCAACAACCUGGAGGACACAGUAGCAGCUCUGACGGAGGACUAUGAAAGAUCGCUUAGUGCCAACGAGGCAACCCAAAAGGAACUGAAGGAGAGUCUAAUCACUGCCAAGCACGAACUUCUGCGAGUGCAGGAGCAGCUGUCCUUGGCAGAGAAGGAGUUGGAGAAGAAAUUCCAGCAAACUGCAGCGUACCGCAACAUGAAGGAGAUUCUGACCAAAAAGAACGAGCAGAUAAAAGAAAUUAGGAAACGAUUGCAGAAAUACGAGCCAGACGACUGAGAUUUCGCAUGUUUUCAUUAGAAAGACGGGACCAAAAUUUUUCUGACUGAUUUGGGACAAGAAACUACCAGUUCUGGUGUUUUUUAUUUUUAUUUCUGCUUUUUCUGGCGUUCUCUGUCCCUGUUAGCUUCAUUAAACAGCAGGUUGGUCAGCUGGGGAAACCCAUGGGCGAAUACGCAGAGGAUCUGAUGACGUGUGUGUUUUUUUAUGGUAGCUGGCAGAUUUCCCUCAGUGCUCUAUGCAAUAAGCAGCAUUUACCUGUUUGAAGGGGCCUUGUCCUUUUGCUCACCUGGACAGAACUAUACUGCCUGCCUGAAGCUUUGUAGUCUUAGUGUGCCUUGCAAAACUAUUAAAAGCUCUAGAAAUUUUCACAUUUUAUCAACAUGUUUUGUAGGGGUUUUAUAUGCUAAAUCAACACCGCAACAGUUAUCUCAGUCAAAUUUAGGUCUGUGCUUUGACUAUUCCGCUUUAUUGUAUCCAACUGUGGCUCCGGCUGUAUGUGUAGGGUCAUUCCUGACCCCAACAAACACUCUCACACCCACAUCCUUUAGCCCUAUGUAUGUAGCAGGUUCUAAAAGGGUGUCUCCUGCUCUUACUCCAUGUAUUUUCUCCAUCCAUUUAAACAAAAAAAGCCUUGCAAUGUUAUUUUAUAACCCAAAUCUGCUCCAAACCUCUCUAAUUGACAUCUGAGGCCUUCAAAGAACAACUAGAUUUAUACUGAAAUAAGAAUACACACAAGUUAUUUACUACCUGGUUGUACCAGAGUUUGCAUAGGGGUCUCAAAAUAAAAGCAAGCCACACCUUUCAGAGCCACUUGUUUUCCUUUUGUAGCACAACUUGUGUCGUUUUAUCUUAUAAAAUCCCAGUGAAAUACACAACGCAUCAAAAUGUUGAAAAAGGAGUAUAAAUAGAUUUGCAAGGCACUGUGCAGGACAUUGUAAGUAAAUUCUCAUAUUUUGCUCAUCAGUCUUAACUUUAGCAGCACCUUAAAGUCCAAGGUCCAAGUUUAAGACAAAGUUACAAAUAAACUCUAAACCACUUUCCAUUUUAGGACACUCUUGCUAAUCUAAACAUUUAAUAAUAUUAAUAUUCCACUCUAAAAUAUUUCCAAUAAUCUGUAACUACAAUGUAUCUGCUCUUACAUAUAGAUGUAAAGGGCCUAGAAUAUUUUUGGUGUUGAAUCCUUGCAUAUUUUUUGUAUUGCUGUACAUAAAUGAUUUUCAUGAUACAAAAUGCUCUUGUAGAGUGUGCAUUUAACCGGUUUGUGAAAUUUUAAUGGGUUAAUAAAAAGGUGUGACCAAA